AUGUCCUUUGAGCUUACUGGGAUGCAGUGCCAGUGGAAGUUCAGCUUUUACGAAUACUACGAGAUUUAUAUCUGGGACUUCGCCCCAGGAAACAGCCUUGGCAAGAUGUAUAAGUACAUCAAGGAGUGCUUGAGCAAGGCCCAUCGUAUCAGGGGUAACCGUGACAAGUACAAACACAUGAAGCCCGUCAUGGAGACCCUUACUCGCGAGCCAGACACCAUGCGCGUUCGUCAGAUUCAGCCUGGAGAAAAUGUCAAGAGUUUGUACGAUGAGCUUGCCGGACCUGAUGCGCAGUUUUAUGUUCGGACCAACCUGGAAAGAUGA